AUGAGUGUUUUUCAGAAAGUGGUGAUAAACAAGGGAAAGGCGGUGGUGAGUGGGAGCAUUACAGAUUUGUAUAAAACAAAGUUAUGUCCAUGCUUAAGGGUAGCAGAUUUGGGGUGCUCUUCAGGGCCCAACACCCUACUGUUGAUCUCAGAGAUCAUUGAGGCUAUCGAUGAAACAUGUCAUGAGUUGAAGCUUAGUACACCUGAAUUCCAAGUGUUCCUCAAUGAUCUUCCUACUAAUGACUUCAACACCAUUUUCAAGAACUUGCCGGACUUCUAUGAGAAACUAAAGAAGGAGAAGGGUGAAAAGUUUGGACCGUGCUGUUCCAUCACAGGAGUACCUGCUUCUUUCUAUCACAGGCUCUUUCCAACCUCAACUAUUGACUUCUUUCAUUCCUCUAACAGCCUUAAUUGGCUCUCUCAGGGUCUUAUUGAAGAAGCUAAAGUAGAUUCAUUCGAUUUGCCUUACUAUGUACCUUCUCGUAAAGAGUUCGAGGCUAUAGUUUGUGAAGAAGGAUCAUUUUCUCUUGAUCAGCAAGAAAUCUUUGAAGUCAAUUGGGAUGCGAGUAGUGAUGAUGACGAUGAUGACAUGAUCAAAGAGUCCUUGAAGUCCGAUAGAUUUUUAAGUGGACAGAAAAUGGCAAAACUUACAAGAGCUGCGUUAGAAUCCAUGCUCGCUACUCACUUUGGGGAUGCUGUAAUUGACAUCCUAUUUAGUAGGUACACGGAGGAUGUCAGCAACCACCUCUCAAAGGAGGAGGGUAAAUUUAUUAUGUUUAUCAUUGCCUUGAGAGAGGGAAGUGAUCGAAUGGAAGCUUAA